AUGCGAACGGCUGCCGCACGUCCACAGCCACCAAGACAGCUGGAAGUGGCUGAUGCAGAUGCGGGCCACCUGUUGCUCAGGUGGGCUCCUGGCUGCGACGACGGCGGUGCGCCAAUUCUCGGGUACCGAGUCCAGGUCAUGCCCUCCAAGCCACAUGCAGCGCUUGAGCUCUACAAGCCCGCAGGCGGCCAUGGAAACACCGAUGCAGACGUUGGAGGUGCAGACGAAGCAGCCGCGGAGAAUCGGACGACUUCGUGGGAUCGUUGUAGACCUAGGCCCUGCCAGGCCGUAGCCGAAUGCACAAAAGCUUUGCCAUUGCAACAGAGUCUCGGAAGCAUGGGCGAUGCAGCCUUUCUGCAACCGACCGCCUUGCGCAUUUCAGCGAAUCUCGCACAGCUCGAUGGAUUUCGAUGGCGAGCGGAGACCCGCGGCUCAGUAGGUACCGGAAGGCCGCCUGCAUUGGGACAUGGGCGAGGAUGCGGCAGAUGUGGCCUUUCCAGUCGCCUGGUUGUGGCCACGUUAUUCGGAUGGUGGAGCAGGAGAAGACAUUGUGUGUCAACAAUGCUCCUGGCCAAGAAAAAGGGCUUUCAACCGGAAGAGCCCAAAGAGGUCGAAGUUCUGGAUACCGUCGUCGUCACGGGAAAAAAUGCUUCUGAUUCCUCGGGAGAUGCCGUGUUGCCCGAGGUAUUUACUGAGGACAUGAGAGACCUGCGGCAGGCUGCAGAGGACGGAGACCGGGACGCGCAGUUCCGCUAUGGCAAGGCCUUGCUGAAGGGCUGGGAGGGCCAGGAGGCGAACCAAGCUUCGGCCGCCGAGUGGUUGCUCCGGGCCGCCGAAAAAGGCCAAAGAGCUGCUCAGAGCGCUUUAGGAGAGAUGUACUACACCGGCCUUGGCAGGCCGCAGAAUAAGGCGGAAGCUUUCAUGUGGCUGAAAAGGGCAGCAGAGCCUCCUGUGCCCGAGGCCCAGUUCAACCUGGGAGUCAUGUUGCAAACGGGCGAUGGAGUGGAGGUUAACAAGAAAGAAGCUUUCAAGUACUAUUUAGCUGCAGCCCAGGCAGGUGUGACACGUGCCAUGAACAAUCUAGCCUACAUGUACCGGGUCGGCGACGGAAUCGAUGCAAGCAAGGAGCUCGCUUUAGAAUGGUACAUGAAAGCCGCAAAAUCUGGAGACAUGGAUGGCCAGUAUCACGUGGGCGAGAUGUACCACGAGGGCGAAGGGGUGAAGAUAAGCAAGCGGAGGGCGGGAAGAUGGUUUCUAAAGGCUGCUCAACAAGGCCGCAAGGAAGCUCAGUAUAACGUCGCGAUGAUGUUCCACUUCGGAAACGGAUUGGCGGCAGAUCGGGAGGCUGCCUCCCAAUGGUACCGGAAAGCAGCCGAGCAGGGUCUGAUGGAAGCCCAGUACAGUCUUGGUGUUAUGCUGGAACGGGGUGAGGGGAUCGAAGUGGACAAGGCUGAGUCUGCCAAGUGGUACCAGAAGGCAGCUGAAGCAGGCCACAUUGCUGCCCAGAACAACCUGGGCGCUGCCUACUACCUGGGGGAAGGUGUUGAGGAGAACAAAGCCACAGCAGCGAUGUGGUUUGAGAAAGCUGCCAGAGAAGGUCACGCACAAGCUAUGAAGAACUUGGGCAACAUGUAUCGUGAAGGCGAUGGUGUGCCCUUGGACGAGGACAAGUCGGACUACUGGUUUAAGAAAGCUGGCAUGGGCGAGCUGUAUGUAAAAGGCACACAGCUGCUUCUACCGCCCCUGCUUGCUGCCACAGAGUACACGCUCCGAGUUUGCAGCACGAACUACAUGGGCGACUCCGAGGGCGCGGCUCUGGUUCUGAAGACGAAGCCUGGCACACCAGCUGCACCGAAGCCACCGCGGUCGCGCUGGCCAGCUGGAGAAGGACCACUCCGUCUAAGCUGGCGAGCACCAGAGGAUGGUGGAAGCCCGGUAGUGGAGUACGAGGUUCUCGUGGCAGCUUGUCAGAAUGAGUCGGAGAUUUUGGCAGCCCUGCACGUGCAGCACACAGAGGUGAAGAUUGCAGGUUGGCCGCAGGGUUUUGAUGUCGCUGGCUCGUACUUCAAAGCUAGAGCCGUGCAGUUCGACAUGGGGAGUAGCUACGGUGCUGCGGCGAUUGCUUUGGUUGGGGCUCAUGUCGUUGUAGGAGCAAGUGUGGGGUUGCUGCCAGGACGACUGCCAUAG